CACACCCUGGGUUUCUCACUGGCCCUGCUGUCCACCCUGCGUCAAAGUCGUCAUUGCUCCCUGCUCUCGUCAUCGGGCGUGCUUCUCUCCGCGGACCCAAAUUCAUCCUCUGUGGAUGUGUCUCACAUGUACGUCCUUAGCAUUUUCCAGCGACAGUUUCCUAAUUUAGUCAGCUCGACCCCCAGUCCAACUCUCCUUGUAGUGCCCGCACUUACUCCGAAUUAUUACCUGGCUUAGCCUCAGACCGUCAUCAACGUUCGUGGCGAUUUUUAAAUGUAGGUUCGAAGGAGUGGAUAUGGUUUCCGUGGCUUUUUCUCACUAAAUUCGCGUUGUACAUGGGGGCUCACCUUCAGUCGUCUGGUGUUUCUGGUUAAGACGGCACAGGCGGUUCUGGCACGAACGGGCGUAUGCAGUCUAUAGUCUGUGUACUUAACGCCUAGGAGGAUGCAGCACCUUUAGGCUUGAUAUUCGUGGUUAUUAUAUCGUAGUACAGGGUUUCUUCGUUUCUGGCGGCCCGAAUCCUGCUGCAGAGUAUGUGCUGUUAAGCACAGCAUACUUCUAAGGUUCAGAAUACUUCCUUAUAUCUUUGUACUCUAAUUAUAUAGUGGAGGACCGUUCCCAGGCAACACUUCAGCUGUUAUCAGGAUGGAUGGAAGGAAGAGGCGGCGGAUUGUGUGUAAUGAACCAGGAUGCCUUGCUUCUUUCAGGUCCCAAGAUGAGCGCACCAAUCAUAUAAGAAGCGAGCGCCACAUUUAUGGCCCAGCUCUGCAACCAGUCCAGUCCACAGCUCCUACACAUCCUGCAAGCCCUUGCUCGGCAUCUGCUCGUGAAGAAUCUACUGCAGUGCCUCCUCGGGCUGCAGAUGAGGCUACUCCGAGUUGGGAUAACACGGGGUAUGAGUUUUCCAUGGCCCGGACCGAACCAUUGAUGCAUAUUGAUGGCCAGUUCUGGAUGCUCACCAAAACCGGGAAUGGAGGGACUGGUUUGUCUCGUGAAACAGUGAAAGAGCUGCUGAGGUUGUUCAAGGAAGCGCAGACAACCCCACUCAGCUUCGAGACUCUGGCAGAUGUGGACCGGUUUGAGGAGUCCUUGGAAAAAGAGGUUGGAUUGCAACCCUUGGAGCCAGUUGACAUCACAGACAAGGAGCAGGAUGCGACGCCAGUGAUCCUGUGGUGUCGGCAGACAUGGGCAUGCGUGGCUGACCUAUUCAGCAAUCCUGCAAAUGCAGAAGGUUUUGUAGCGGAACUUGAAGACAGCAGCGAGAGUGAAGAAGCACACAGAUUCACAGAACCUUCGACAGGAUCAUUCUGGAGAGAGGCUGUGGCUGGACUACCAGAUGGUGCAUCUAUUGCUGCUGUCAUCUUAUAUUCAGAUGCAACUGAACUAGCCAAGGAUGGAUCAGCAACUGGUCACCCUGUCUAUGUUUCAUUGGGUAACAUCUCAUCUGGAGAACGCUGGAAGCCUCAUGGCAGACGAUUAGCAGCCUUGCUUCCGGACUUCAGCAAGCACGUAGUCAAGCCUGGAGUGGAUGUGGCACGUCGACGGCUUGAGAUCUUCCACACCUGUCUGGAGAAGAUUCUAGAGAAGCAGAAGGAGGUGGAGUCAACGGGAAUGAGGAUGAAGGAUCCCCUAGGUGUUGUUCGGUAUGUUCGCCCGUUGCUAUACGCAUAUGUGGGCGAUUAUCCUGAGCAAUGCAAGGUGGCGGGGACGAAAAUGGGCAACCAGACGCGGUUUCCAUGCCCGAAAUGCCUCAUAUCGAAUGAGAACUUGGCGAACGCUGAUGCGCGGUGGGAGUACAGGACGGAGGAGGGCCAAAAGCUGACUCUGGCGCAACUGCAAGCUUUCCGUGGUCGCACAGCUCUAGCUCGAGCCGAAACUGUGGAGAGCACACAUCGAGUCAAAGUUGGGAUAUGGGGAUUCCCAAACGGCUCAACAACAUGGGGGAAUCCAUAUCGCUCGCUGAUGUGUGAUGUCAUGCACAUGUCCGCUCUAGGGGUGUACAAGCACAUGGUCGACUGCAUACGCACGAUGCUCCCAGAUAAAAUUGCUGCUAUGGAUAUUGCUUUGCGAAACGUCACUGCUUUCAGCCGCCAAUCCUUGUUCCGCCUGCCAUCCGAAGGGAAGCACUAUUUCGCAAACAGAGGGGUGUUCCAAGCAUUUGAACAUCAGUCGGUCAUGCAGGUUCUACCCAUCAUUCUUGAGUUGGUAAAUGCGCCUGCAGCUAUUCGUGAGGUGGUGUCACUGUACGUUUAUUGGCACACCGAGGUGUGGCUACGCCCGUAUCACACGGAGGACAGCCUAGAUGUCUUGGAUCUACUCACUAAGAAGCUGGUCGCUAAGCUGGUGGACGUGUUUGGUGAGCAGCAAUCAUCCGAGUUCAAUCUUCCCAAGGUACAUGCGAUGCUUCACGUCGUAGAUGACAUUCGUCGUGGGGGAAUUCCUGCUCACUAUUGUACAGAUAUGUACGAGCAUCUACACAUAGCACUGAUGAAGCGGCCAUACCGCACAAGCAACAAAAAGAAUGUUGAGUCGCAGAUAGCACGAAAGGCGUUGGUGGCUGAGCUCGUGGAUAUACUCGCACGCCAAGAAGAAGGAGCAGAAGACUCAGCUGCAAGGAACGGGGCGCUGAGUCAAGCCUUGCAAACUGGGUGUCCAGCAGUAACUGGCAAGAAUGGGCAACUGGCUCUCCUUGGCGAUAGGUCUUCGCUGUGGCAAGCAUAUGCACACACUAUUCCAGGCAACAUGGAGCAAUUGUUGCCUUCUAUUAUGUCCUUUUUAGGGCCCGAUAGGACAUGUGACGCACGCGUUAACCUUCAUCGUGGAGUGGCCGUUCCGCCUGGUGAAAACUACGAGAUAUACAAUCGGCAUGCACAGUUCGCUCGAGCCACUCCUCUUUUCUACGGCAGGCCGUGGUUCUCCGACGUUGCUGUUACUGAUCACUCCACUGACGACGCAGAUGCACAAAGAUUCUGCAAGUUACUCCUAAUGUUCACGCUGACUAAUGGCGAGGAGUGCCAGCAGGUCGCUUUCGUGCGGUUUUAUAACGUGCUUGGUCCGGCUGAAGGAUCGGUAUUGGACCGCAUGACAUGGGCGAGUGGUGAUGGGGCAUACGGCAUCGUACCUGUUGAUGACAUCCUGCGUGUGCUUCACGUCGCUCCACUCACAGAUGAUGUACGCAACGACAGCGCAACAUUUUUGUACAACCCAUUUAGGAGAUGACGCAUGUUUAUAUGCAUAUAAAUGUUGUAUAUAUUA